GCAGUUGGCGGUGACACUGUCAACAACGCCUCCAGUAUGGUCAAUAAAGACGAAGAAGUUAGAAUUGUUCUUCUUGGACGAACAGGAUCCGGAAAAAGUGCAUUUGGAAAUACAAUCCUUCAUAAAGAUAAGUUUCCCAGUAAAAUGAGUGCGACCGCAGUUACUAAAGAAUGCAAGCGUGGUACAUGCACCAGGUUCGGGCGCAAUCUUCAGGUUAUUGACACACCAGGGUUGUAUGACACAGAAAUGUCAAAUGAAGACAUCUGUCGAGAGGUUGUCAGAUGUGUUGGGAUGACUGCUCCGGGACCACAUGCUUUUAUAUUCGUUGUCAGAGUUGACAAAUUCUCAGAGGAAGAAUAUAAUACAACUGAACAUUUCAAGAAACUAUUUGGCAGAGGCAUGUUGGAUUACUUAAUCAUUCUGUUCACCAAAAAGGAUGAGCUUAUUUACAAUGGUCAAACAAUCGAAGAUUUUAUUGGAAAAGCCUCUGGCAAAUUAAAAUCAUUGCUGAAGGAUUGUGAUGGCAGAUAUGUCACAUUCAAUAAUAGAGGAUCAGAGAGAGAAAAGGAACGAGAUGUUCAGACUUUAGUGGAAGUUAUUGAUAAGAUGGUUCAGGACAACGGAGGGAAGUUUUAUACCAAUGACAUGUUCAAGAAGGCCGAAGAGGUUAUGCAAGAAAAGGAAGAUCAACUAAAGCGGGAAUACGAAGAAACCAUGCCAUCACAACUUGUUGAGAUUGGAAGGCAGUUGAGGAAACUCGAAAAGGACCAUGAAGAAAGGCCGAAAAGGUUAUGAAAGAAAGGGAAGAUCAACUGAAGCGGGAAAAGGAAGAAGCCUUGACAUCUCAACUUGAUGAGAUCAGAAGCCAGGUGAAGCAACUCGAAGCCUCGACAUCACAACUUGAUGUGAUCAGAAGCCAGGUGAAGCAACUGGAGAAGGACCGUGAAGAAGUCACCGAUCAGUUCUUGAGGGAAUUGGGUGCUGAACGUGAUUAUCAAUCGUCUACCAGAGAUUGUGAGAACAUUAUAAAACUGUUUGAUGACCUGAGGCUGCGGCGCGAAAGAGAGAUCCAAGCCAUACGAGGUAUUGGAGCCGGAGAGGCUGAGGUGAAUUUUAGAGAACAAGCGCAAAAGAAUGGCAGUUUUCUUCAAGACAAAAUACUACCUGCUCUCCAAGCUUUAGGGGACCAAGCAGCAAGACCAUUUCUUAUUGCAUUUGGUUUUGGUGCUUUCUUUUUUGGGUUACAUCGACUGCAUUUGAUGGAAAAUGUGCUUGCGACAGUGUGGUAGAUAUCCAAAUAAGUGAUAUUUUGUUGCAAAAAAAACACGUCUAGAAUCAGUGACAUAAUAAUUCAGUCGAUGACACUAUGAGAGAACUCUGCGUCGUUGAUAAAUUAUGUAGAUUUGUGAUGUCCUUUAUCAACUGGACAAUGGUUCCAAACCUUGCUGGUCUCAUCCUUGAAACAGACUAUACUUAGUUAGUUUGUUACUGUUGCUUUUUAAGUUGCCUUAAAUGUGCUUGGACAAAACAGACACACGUCCUUUUUUGCUCAGAGCAUAUUUUGAUUUCUGGAUGCCGUUAUGAAUCCACUUUUGUUUCCUGUUUUGUUACAUAUUAAGUUGAAUAGAAAUGAUGGUGUAAUGUGGGUGUCAUUUAUCAGGGCAGGUGCUUCUAGAAAGUAAAGCAUCAUAAUUAGAGUGCUUCUGGCGUGUGAACCUAUGACGAACAGGAACCUGCACACACAUGAUUCAGGGUUACCCGCACAAGAUUAGGAGUUAAUCAAUGCCUAACAUGCCACCUUAUGUGACGAUGUGUGGCACAAACUUGGAUAUGAAACGAUGUGACAAACUGUGGGACUGCCAAAUCCCCAAAACAGCUGUCACUCUGGAGACCUGACAAUCAUUGAGUGAUCAAGAAACUGUAACAAGAUCAAAUAAAACAGUAAAAUGAAUUCAGCAAACAUACUUUGUUUAUUAAGAAAAUGUACAUAUUUCUGUACAAUGAGCAGACUACCAAAUUAGUAAUCAUAUACUUUGAAUAAAAUAUGAAUAAUUACAGAUGAAUAUAUGAUUUAUCAAGAAUAUAGGUCAGAUAAAUUUCAGCACCUUAUGAUAAGUAAAUCCUGACAACAGUGGGAAGUCAACAGGCAGAUGGUAACAAGUUAUAUCAGAUUGUAAUAGUCACUAUUCUAAUACAGAUCACUGUAUAUUUAACUACAAAAGGAGCAUUCCUGUGUUCAAGUGCUCAUAGCUGCUGAUAGAUACUGCAUUGUGUAUGUUUCUGUAUGUGAUAAUCUUUGUUAUCUCACCCUGCAUCAUCAAUAAAUACUUCAGCUAUAA